UUCAGCACUCAAUCCCUGUUUGCCUCCGCCGGCGGAAUCGACUCUGUCUGCCGCAGGAGCGGGGAGAUUAAAAUAAAAUGAAGGCGCGGCAGUUCGUGAAUGUGGUGAUGCGAAAGUAUGGCGCUGCCAGAAGCACCAGUUUGUAUACAGUGAGUCGUAUCAAGGCAGAGGAGCAACUCUUCUACCGAUCCACGGCGGAAGCACAAGCAGCAGCAGCAGCAACAUCACGGCGAAAAAAGAAUUUCAAUAUGGCGCUGCCAUCAUCAGCCGUGGUGCCUCCAUGGAUGGAUAUCAUGUCACGGAUGCCUCCGGGCAUGCUCAGAUUCGAGGGAUCCAGCAACCUCGAAUUCUUGCCCUUCUACGAACGAAGCAGCGGUGGAUCUAGCAAGAUCCUCUGCCUGGACUCGUCGGGUCGCUCCUUCUUGUAUGACAUUGACGCCGGCUCCUCCCACCCAGUUCCAAGCCUCAACACUCCCAAGGGGGAUACCCCCAUCUGCUUCUCCCUUCCCAGUCCCGACGCCCUCGACCCCGACCGAGCUGAUGCCUUGUACGUUAUGAACCUGUUCCCUGUGUGUCGCAAUCCAUCCAACUUCGAGGUCCUCAAGUACAGCGACCCUUCCAGUUGCGACAAGAUGGAAGGCUGGAAUUGGCACCGGCUCCCACCACCCAUGGCCUAUGUUGACGCUUCCAUUAUCAGGUGCCAUACGCAGCUUCACAUUCACGGGGAUCCAAUUUUUCUUGUUUCAUCUCCCGCAACAACUGACAUCGGCACCCAUUGCUUCAACACGGUCUCCGGCAAGUGGUUUAAGGCUGGACACUGGACGCUGCCCUUCUUUAACCGUGGUGAGCAUGUGCUGGAGCUCGGCAACCUUUGGUUUGGCAUCUACAAUUAUUCACCCAACUACUUUUGCGCAAUGGACCUGUCAUCUAUUCGUCAGGACAAUCCUCCUUCUUUGCUGUACAAAUGGCAAGACCUCGAUCUGCCUGAGGAUUGGGUAUUGAUAGAUUGCAGCUUUGUCUACCUGGGAGCUGGGAGGUUUUGCAUUACCAAAAUCUUUGAGUUUGGAGAGGACGAAGACACGGGCCACCCCACUGAUAUGGGUGCUGUGAUUUCUGGUGUGGAGGUGGUGCCCAGCGACAAAACACUGCAGAUGGUCAAACACAAGUCCAAAUUCUACAACUUCGUCAGGGAUGAAAUCGUGCGUGUCUUCUAAGGUGAACUUAGUGAGAAAGGAAGCAAAUAAACCAAGGGAGUGGCAGCAGUUCCUGGGGGAAUGUAACUGUCUGUUCUUUCCCUUUUCAUUACUAUUUAGUAGUUCCAGCAGCAGCAGUGAAAGUAACAUGGUUGUAACUUAUGCUCAGUUCCUUAGAUAUGUUAUGUCAUUCCAUUUA